CAAGGUGGCAGGUUACACAAAGUGUUGGCCAAAUUGUAGUACUCAGGCUUUGUAUCAGCUCAAGGCUGAAUACUGUACAUUUAUAGAAUUAUUGGUUAACAUACCACCUAAUUUACCCAUUUGUCUCAUCAACAAAAUCUGUAAGUAAUCCUUAAUGGACGAUAUAAGAUGUUUCAUUAAUGUUAACUAAACAGUGUUCACUUUUAAGUGUCAGGCAGAUGAAGCAAACAAGUAGACUUCAGAAAAAUGUUGAAAUAAGUAAAUAAUUAUAUUUCUAGUAGAAACGAUGAUGCGAGGGGUUCUGAUGUUUAGAUGCAGUACACAGAACUUAAGAGGACUCUUGUUUCAGGCGCUUUGCUAUUGGCUGAUUCCACUGAUCGCUAACUGGCUCAAAAAGGGAAGGAUCAGUACCAACAAAACACUGUCAGACUCAGACCCUCUCCAUGCAGUCAGCACAUGAGCCACUGUUGGGGGGUUGUCAGAGAAGAACAUCAUCAACUACGAUAAAACAAUUGUGGAUUUACUAGAAACGUCCACGGAGUGCAGCAUAUAAACGAAUAAAUAAUUAAUUGAAAGCCAGACACUUCUGUGAAAGCGAUGCUGUGUCUAGGUGACUCGGGAGAUUGCCUGCGGGAGCAGGUCCAGCACGUGAUGAGGUCACUGCAGGACCUGAAGCAGAUGAGCAGGCCUCUGAGCGACCCCUCCGGCCGCUCCUUCGCCCCCGCCCACUUAUGCCACCGCCGGGCGGCGCAGCGAGACCGCCUCACCCGCCUGCGUGCCUCGGAGGCGGCCAGCGAGCCCAGCGCCUACGACUCGGCCUGCUGCCUGGCCAGCCCCGUGGAGGAAGGGGAGCACGAGCAGGAGGGCUGUCGGCGUCUGUCGCCGCGAGGUUCCCCCGGCAGCGAGAAGAGCCUGGAGUUUGACUCGGGCUACUCCGAAGCGUCGUGGCAGGACGAGGGCGUGGUGCUGCGGAGGACCAGGAACGUGCGGGUGUCCUCGUCCGCCUGCCUGCGCACCAACCGGGGCUCCGGCGGGCGGGUCCGCCCCAAGUCCACGUCGGACGCGUGCCUGGAGCGCUGGACGUCGUUCGAGGCCAGCGACGACCCCGAGGACUGGACGGCGUCUCUGCUGAGUCGCAGCAGGAACAGGCAGCCCCUGGUCCUGGGGGACAACAGCUUCGCGGACCUCAUCAAGAACUGGAUGGACCUGCCCGAGUGUCCCGAGCCGGCAGAGUUGAAGCCCAACGCGGGCCGGCGCAUGGCCAAGGAGCUGCUGGUCAACGUGCGCAGGAGGCUGGCGGGGUUGUCGAAGAGCGUGGAGGUGAGGGCCCGACCGGCAGACUGCUCCAGGGUGAGCAGGGAGGCGGCCGCUCCCAAGCGCAUGUCCUGCCCCGUGGGCUUCCAGCCACGCAAGCCCUUCUUCCACCAGUCCCACACGGGCCUGCACGAACUGGAGACGGACUUCUACCGGGUUCACCGCCCUCAUGACCACGGGCAGUCGGCAGCCCAUCAUAUGCAAUGACAUCAUCGGGUAUAUCUGAGGGGUGCUAUCGCCACGGACUUUUCUCGGAUUCGAAUACCGUAUGCCGUUGGAUAUUUUUAUUUUUAUAUGCUGUUCGUAUUUCGGUGUCGUUGAAACCGUUGCAAUAAAAAAUGUUUUUAUUUAAUAUGAAAA